UUUUUUUUUUUUUCACAUACAUAAAAGAUGACUUUAUCGGAUAUUUUUAAUUUGAAGAAACAACUUGUACAAUAUGGAUCUCAUCAUUAUAACAAAACAAAUAUUAUUAUUCAUAUGAUAUUCGUUCCCACCAUCUUUUGGACUGCUUUGGUAUUCGGUGCAAAGACAGGUCCACUUAUCAAUAUUGGCAACCUACCUACUUCUUUGAAAUUUUUGAAACUAAUGGGUCCUAAUCUUGGUUUCUUUAUUGUUACAUUAUACAGUCUUUACUAUGCCGCCUUGGAUCCUAUAGCUUCGGCUCUUUAUGCUCCCAUUCUUUAUACUAUGUGUUAUACAGCUACUCAAUUCCAACGUACUAAUCCAAACGCAACUAAAUUGGCUCUUGGCUUACAUAUCACUUCAUGGAUCCUUCAAUUCAUUGGUCAUGGUGCUGCUGAAAAACGAAGUCCUAAAUUGGUGGAUAAUCUUAUACAAGCUCUUGUAUCUGCACCUUAUUUUGUGUUUUUUGAAGUUUUAUUUGCUUUAGGUUAUCGACCCAAGUUACGAAGGGAAAUGAUGAUCGAGGUGGAAAAAGAUGUGGCUGCUUUUCGUGCCAGACAACAACAAAAACGACAACAGCCAAAAUCUAUUUAAACUUUGGGCGAUCUUCUCUUUUUGUCAUCUAUAUUAUUAUUCUUAUUAUUUAUGAUUCCAACUUUAUUUAGUGUCUCCUUUUUUAUAUCAUUCCCCCCUUUUUUUUUUUUUUAUGAAAAUGGUCUUUCAUCCAUAGUAUUACCUUUUUUUUAUUAUUAUUAUUUUGGUCAAGAGAACAAAUAUGUAAUAUUAC